AUGUCUUACGGUGGUUAUGGUAGUGGCGGAUAUGCCCCUCCUCCCGGCGGUCCAGGCGGAUAUGGACCCCCUCCUCCGGCUUCAUAUGGUUCUUCUCCCCCAGGUGGUUAUGGAAGCUAUCCUCCUUCAGGCGGCCCUCCAGGUGGCCUUCCAGGCGGCGGCUUCGCUCCUCGAGGAUCCAUGGGUCCGCCACCUGGAGCUGAUCCUCAGUUAUGGAGCUGGUUCGCCGCUGUAGAUACCGACAAUUCUGGCAGCAUCAAUGCGCAAGAACUUGAAAGAGCUCUAAUCAAUGGAGAUUGGACUCCUUUUGACUUGGAUACUGUCAAGAUGCUAAUGUCGAUCUUUGACACGGAUCGAAGUGGGACUAUUGGCUUCAACGAGUUCGCUGGCCUAUGGAAAUACAUUAAGGACUGGCAAAACGUAUUCCGUCACUUUGACCGGGAUCGUUCUGGAUCCAUCGACGGUGUUGAGUUGAGGGAGGCGCUAUCUCAAUUCGGUUACCAACUUUCACCCCAACUGCUCGAUCUGGUCCAACGUAAAUAUGACGUUAAAGCUUCAAGCGUGUCGGGUGCUCGUGGUAUGCCUCCCCCCGGAAUCUCCUUCGACCGUUUCGUCCGUGCUUGUGUCGCAAUCAAGCAGCUGAGCGAGGCAUUCGGUCGACUCGACACUGAUCGCGAUGGAUGGAUCCAGAUAAACUACGAUCAGUUUAUGCAGACGGUCUUGACGCUCCCUUGA